AAAAGCACGUCCGGUAUGAAGUUAAUCUGUCGCUGUAUACAUACAGUGAAUGUAGUCUUCUGUAAUUCUCAUCGUUAGCAGGUGUUAAAAAUUUAACUCAGAUUUAGGACAUGGCAAUAAAAUGUGAAGACGCGGACGAGAAAACAGGUUACAAAGGUUACUUUAAUACGGACAAUGUGUUCCUGUUUGUUCCAAAUAUUAUUGAUUACAUCCGUGUAGCAUUCUUAGCCUACUUUGUUUAUAAUGCUUCUAUUGGCAACUAUAAUGUAGCAUGUAUAUGUUAUGUUGUUAGUGUCAGUUUGGAUGAGCUAGAUGGAAAUUCAGCCAGAUAUUUCAAUCAAAAGGUAUAA